GUGUCAUCUUGUCGGUGGUGCAUUCUAGUCAUGGCGUUCCAAAGCUACAGCUCCUCGGAUCAAUUGCUGCACCGCCAGGGCGAACGGAUGUUUGGUGGUGUGGGCCUGGGGAGUACACGACGGUUGUCCCUUUUCUUCGCUACCCUCUGUGUGGUGGAUCUGUUCGGUGUGUUCCCAAUUGUAGCCCUACCAAAGUCGAUCAUUUCCUGCGGCUUGUACGGUAUACCGUUGGUGCUGUUCGUGGUAACGCUGCAAAUCUAUACCGCGGUCGUGCUGGGACGCUGUUGGACGAUUGCCGAAAAGUUGGACCCAUCGAUAGUGGCCAAAAAUCGAUACCCGUAUGCGGCCAUCGCAGAGUUUACGUAUGGCAGACGGAUGAGCAUCUUCGUGACGGUGCUGCUUGAUCUGACUGUGUUUGGUGGUGGGAUACCGAACUUGCUGGUAGCAGCACAAAAUCUUCAGCUGCUUGGGGCGCGUGUUAGUGGUGGCUCGUAUGAGAUAUCGUUCUGCUAUUGGUUGCUAAUUAUAGGGCUGUUUCUGUGUCCUAUCAUGUGGUUGGGUAGUCCGAAAAAUAUGCGCACCCUGGCCAGUGUAUCGGUAGUAGUGUGCAGCAGUGUGGCCAUACUGACGUGGAUUUCUAUCGGGGAGGAUCGAUCGGGAAGUUUCACCCCUUUCAAAGACAUCACUCUCGGUUUGCCACCGUUUGUUCAGCUGCUUAAAGCGUACGGCAUAAUAGCGUUUCAGUUCGACAUUCAUCCAAUGCUGCUGACCAUACAGGUAGACAUGCAACAUAAGCGUCAGAUCGGAAAGGCGGUACUGUUUGGCAUCCUUACCACGUGCACACUGUCGGUGAUCACUACCUUCCUGACUGCCUAUCGUUACGGCAUGGAUGCUACGAACAAUGUGCUGCAGAUUUUACCCCGAAGCUGGUCGCUGUAUAUGACGAUUUUACUGGUAACGUUGCAGCUGUGCCUAUCCAGUGCUGUAGGUAAUUCCGCGUUAUUUCAACACAUCGAAGAUCUGCUUGGCGCUUCACGGGAUUUUACCAUCAAAAGAUGCAUUAUAAGAUCAACGCUUGUAUGGCUCGGAGUUUUAAUAGCAGAAAUCUUACCCCGGUUCGAUCUGGUAAUGGGUAUCAUCGGUGGGACGCUAACCGGACCGUUGAUCUUCAUACUGCCUCCACUUUUCUACCAACGCAUGCUAGAAUUGGAGAAGAUCUACAGUCAGGAGCUGAAACGAUCGUACUCGACCGAUUCGUCACAGAUUUCCGAGGAUCAGUUUGAAGAUUCGGACAUCGAAACAACCUGCAGUUCGCGUCGCAGUUGGUACGGUUCAAUUGGAUCGCAAGGAUCGGUAAUAUCGAUGGCAAAAAUACGGGACAAUGCUAAAAAGUGCAUGGAUUUAUUGGCCACUCGUUGCAAGCAGAUAUGUCACUUCAUGUACAGCGACUGCAUUCUGGCGGGAUCGGUAAUAGUGUUCGGAAUAGCAGCCACAUUAGCAUCCACGUACUACAACAUGUUCGACAUGCGCGAAACGCAGCUAUGGUUCUCAUGCCUCAGUGGGUGGCGCCGAUGAACAGGUACUGCAAUGUACAUUUUGCAUAUCAAU